CUACCAAAAGGCAUCAGUUGUCGAAAUAAAUUUAGUCUCGCUCAAAGCUUAAAGUAAGCAAGUUUAACUUGAAAUACAAUUUAAUUGUGCCCAGAUUUUUUAGUGCAGAUAUAAACUGAAAUGAAAUUCUUCGCUGUAAUUUUGACAAUUUUCGCGUUGAUCGUCUCUACACAGGCGCUCAAGGAUGCUAUUUGUGGUCAACCACCCGAAGCUGAUGGCAAUGGCAUAAUCAAGUGUGCUGCCUUUGUGCCCUCAUGGACCUACGAUGCCAAGGCUAAUAAUUGUUAUAGUUUCGUUUAUGGCGGCUGUGGUGGCAAUGAAAAUCGUUUCGGUACAAAGGAAGCGUGUGAACAAAAAUGCAAGGAAUAGAGGAGUACACUGUAUUGUAUGUUUCUAAGUUUGAAUAAAUAACUCUCUCUGAGUGGAUGGUGUUGAGAGGUUUUAUUCAAUUAUGUGUGUAUAUGUGGCAGUCUGUGAUUUCGAAAUAAAUGCCUUUUUUUUUCCUAAACCCCGUGGGAUGCGAAUAAGUGAUGCAAUACUUAA